UGGAUGUGUUGUGAGUCAGGAGCUCGUUCCUGGGGUUUUUUUUGUAUUGAAGUCACGUGGUAAAAGUGGAGCCGUGGCGGCGGUAGUCGUUCAGUUGGUUCAGAGCCGCCUUUGGCUCUGGAGGCUAGACAUGAAAGCGUUGCGCGCUCUGCUUGUGGUCGUAGCAACGCUUAGAAUGGUUCCUUCCAGCACAGGUUCAGCAAGUCUGGAGCCCCCUCAGAAUGUUACUGUACACAUUGUUAACAUAAACAUCACUCUGAAAUGGGACUGGGAAAAUCUGCAUGGCCUCAAUGUAACCUUUUCAGCACAGUAUGAAGAAGUACUAGAACAUGAGAAGACUCUUGAAAAUUGGAAAGUGAUUCCGGAGUGUCAGAAUGUAAUCUCCGCAGACUGUGAUCUCUCAUUAUUGAAACUAGAUUAUUUAUCUGACUAUAAUGUGCGUGUAAGAGUGGAAGCAGGUGAAGAGAGUUCUCCAUGGGCCUCUUUGAUAUUUUGUCCUCAUUUAACAGGUUUGUCAUCUUUGUCAUCAGCCCAGAUUGGUCCUCCGGGAGUGCUGUUGGAAUCAGUAGAUGGAAAUGUAAACAUCAAAAUUAUACCUCCAGAAGCAGACCAGCCGAAACAAAUGUGGAAGUAUGACCCUUUAACCUACAAGAUGGCAAUCUGGAAGAACUCAUCAAAAUCUGAG